GGGACGAGGUGAUCGUGCAUGGGGCGGGCUUCGCGACCUGAGAUCCUCGGUAGAGGCGGGCGGCGACGGGCUUCGUGGCCCGGCCACUGCCGGCGAUGGGUAGGGGCUCGCGGGGACUCCCGCGAAGUUUGGGAGCUACGGGUCCGAAGGGCAGGGGUCCGCCUCCCUCCCACUCCCGGCGCCGCACCAGCGCUGGAGGUUCCCAGCAGGUCGUCGCUGGGCCCUCGGAUGCCGCCGGGGCUGGGCCUGAACGCGGGAGAGCUCGGCGGCGGACCGGAGGAGCGUGGGAAGGAGAGAGAGCUGCGAAGGGGGGCGAGUGAUGGAGGGCCACUAGCAACGAGCCGGUCUCCGGCUGGAGUUACAGAGGGGCCAGAAAUAAAGCAGGAGGCGGGGCUGGGGCAGCGCUUGGCCCGACGGAGAAAGAAGACAAAAUCCUGUUGCGCGUUGAAACACCUGUUCUUCUCCAGUUCAGGAGUCCUGUUGGUGACGGGGGUGGCAGCUUUGCUCUGUUAGGGGUCAUAGACUUCUAGGCACAGCCUGUCAACUAGAACAUGUACGGAGACGUCAACGGGGACCAAAGCAGUGCAGCUGGCUUAACUCACACAAGCCUGUUUCCCCGCUGGAGUGUAGGCAGGGGGACAGCAAACAGGCAAACAGACUCCAGUGGAAGAGCACAUUCCCUACGGCCGCGGGUGAUGGUGGGUUCACUUAGCAGGUGCACGGGCUGUGGCCAUGGUGUGGGUCCCUGCUAAUGCUGUGGGUUGUAGACACAGCUCUCGCUCUCAGUUACAGUCUGACGUAUCUGCUAAAGUCAUGCUGAGAUUGUUUAAAGAAUGUGAUUCAGCCCCAGAAGCCUAAGGAUCAAGCUCUUUUUGGUUUAACCGGGGAUUUUUUUUUUUUUUCCUUUCGUGGAGCUACAAUUUACUCACAUAUAAAAAGGGAAGAAUAGAUCUGAGCUAUGGUUACUCUGGCAGAGAUAAAGGGUUGGAUAAAGUGAUAGCUCUGAUGUGCUGUGGGGUCUUCGCCUAAGAAGGGCUUUGUGAAAAGAAGCUGCGAAGAUGCCAUGUUUCCUGAGAGACUGGGAGUUGCAGGUGCACUUCAAAAUCCAUGGACAAGGGAAGAAGAAUCUACAUGGGGAUGGCUUGGCAAUCUGGUACACAAAGGAUCGGAUGCAGCCAGGGCCUGUGUUUGGAAACAUGGACAAAUUUGUGGGGCUGGGAGUAUUUGUAGACACCUACCCCAAUGAGGAGAAGCAGCAAGAGGCCCAGAAGAGGCGAUAUUCUCCAGGAGUCCAGCGGGUGUUCCCCUACAUCUCAGCCAUGGUGAACAAUGGCUCCCUCAGCUAUGAUCAUGAGCGGGACGGGCGGCCAACAGAGCUGGGGGGCUGUACGGCCAUUGUCCGCAAUCUCCAUUAUGACACCUUCCUUGUGAUUCGCUAUGUCAAGAGGCAUUUGACGGUAAUGAUGGACAUCGACGGCAAGCAUGAGUGGAGGGACUGCAUUGAGGUGCCCGGGGUCCGCCUGCCCCGGGGCUACUACUUUGGCACCUCCUCCAUCACCGGGGAUCUCUCAGACAACCAUGACAUCAUUUCCCUGAAGUUAUUUGAGCUGACGGUGGAGAGAACCCCAGAAGAGGAGAAGCUGCAUCGAGACGUGUUCUUGCCCUCGGUGGACAACAUGAAGCUGCCUGAGCUGACAGCCCCGCUGCCGCCCCUAAGUGGCCUGGCUCUCUUCCUCAUUGUCUUCUUCUCUCUGGUGUUUUCCGUGUUUGCCAUUGUCAUUGGGAUCAUACUGUACAACAAGUGGCAGGAACAGAGCCGGAAGCGUUUCUACUGAGCCCUCCUGCCGCCACCUCCGCUGUGGCUGUCCCCAUGAGGUGUGGGAGGGACAGGCGCUGGCCUGACCACACAGCCCAGUGGUCUUCUCCAUUCUUCAGCAGCCGGUCAGGGACUGUGUUCUGUCACUGGAGCUUUGAGUUCAGGGACACUGUAUUCCCAUGGUCAUCUGUGAGGACCUCUGACUCUGGUUCAGGAAGCCCACCCACCCCAGGGCAAUGCUGCUGUGAAGUGCCUUUCCCUGCAGUCCGUCCACUGGGAGCUCAGAGGGUGGAGAUAGGAUCUCCUGGUAUGAUGCCAAGAUCACAGAAAAGAACUUCAUAACCCAGGAUGCCUUGGUGUUGGACUCAGGACCCCCGUGCUUCUCACUUAAAUCUGCAAAGAAUGGAAAACUCCUCAUACCUUCCCUCCAUCCAUUCAUUGGUUUUUACUUUUGUCUAAGCCUCUGUCCACCUGAGCAGCUCUCCUUGGAAAUCUGGGUGGAAACUUCUCCCUCCUUUUACUGUCCUCUUCACAUGCAGCCUGAGAUCGAGAAGACCUUCCAUGCCUGUCUGUCGGAGCCAGGGCUGCAGAACAAACAUGUUGCACUGACCCUCAUUAGGUGUCCACAGGGAAGGCUUUCUGCUUUGGCCCGCUGCUCUAGCCUUUGCUUGUCUGUGUGGAUCCUGGAUCUGUUGGCGUGUUUGUGAUCUUCCCAAUGAGGCCCUUCCAUUCAGCCCUCAGUCUUGUUUGGCUGGAAGUUGGUGUGCAAGUCAAGAGAAGCUUGGAAGAUCCCGUGGAUGAGUGGGCUGAACUGUGACACUGACCUGCUCCAGGUUUUGACACCAGAAGCAACAUUUGCUGAGUGACCCGACCACAUGAAGAUGUUUCUGGACCAACUGGAGCCUGCUUAGCUGCAUGUUUUGUGUCUGUCAUGGUCUUUGGAAUCCUACUUUGAGUGUUCAAAAUGUAAGAAAACUUUUUUCUUAUA